AUGGGCUGCGGUGGCUCCAAAGAAGCGGUGGCCACCGGCAACUCCGGCAGCAGCAGAUGCAACCGAUUCAAGAGGAAAUCCAGCGUCGUCGACGCCACCCAGCCAUCGUCUCGUGUGCUUCAGCCAUCCAACAACACCUCCACCGCCGCUGCGAAGGCCAAUGGCGAGGUGAUCGCUGAGAUGAAGGACAAGGCAGCCAGAUUGAAAGAGAGAGCCAUUGGGGAGAAGAAAGAGGAAGGGAUCAACAACAAGGCCGAACAGGUCGUGAAGGACAACAAAGAAGCUGUCACUGAGAAGGAAGGCAACGCGAUCUCGAAGGCGAAUGCCAUCGGGGAGGAGAAACAGGUCGAGAUAAAGAAGGAUGAAGCAGUCGUCACGGAUGCUAGAGAAGUGGUCACCGUUGAAAAGGGCAAAGAAGCAUUGACCGAUAAGGCUGCCAAGGAGAAGAAAGAUGAGGUCGUCAAGGACAAAGCAGUGGUCGCCGAUCAGAAGGCUGGCAUGUCAUCAACUGAGGAUGUGAAUAUCAUUACCGAGGAGAAAGAAGAAGAUAUCAAGAAGGAUGGUGUGCUCAAAAUAUCGACUAAGGCAGCCGUUGAGAAGGAAAAUGGGGGUGACAAUAAAGACAUGGCAACCGAGGAGAAUGAUGAGGCUGCAUCGACCGAGAACGGCAAUGUUGAGGAGAACAAGGAGGAUGACAGUGUCACCUUCCCGGUUGCCAUGGUGACAGAGGAGGAUGGCAGCAUCACCUUCGCAAUACCAGAUGACGCCGAGGCCAAGGACGAUGAAAGUGUUACCUUCGCAAGUGCCCCCACAACCAGCAACAUGGUUGCCAUGGUGACCGAGGAGGAUCGAAGUGUCACAUUUGCAGUACCAGUUUCCCCUGUGACCAAGGAUGAUGAGAGUGUUACCUCUGCAGCUGCCCCAGCAACCAAGGACCACGACAUCGUUGCCAUGGUGACUGAGGAGGAUGGCAGUGUCACCUUCGCAAAACCAUUGGCCCCUGUGACCAAGGAUGGUCACAGUAUUAACUUUGUGGCUACCCCUGCGACCAAGGAUGAUGAUAGUGUUGCCUCUGCAGCUUCCCCGACGACCAAGGACAACGAAAUUCUCAGCUUACAGGCUGCCCAAGAGGAGGAGGAGGAAGAGGAGAAGGAGGUAGAAGAGAAACCUGAGCCUUCUGAGGACAAUGAGGAGGUGGAAAAUGAGGCAGAGCUGGCAGAGCCUACUGUUUCUGAAGAUGAGGAGGCCAUGACCGAAGCUGAUGGUGCAACAAAAGCUGAGGAGGAGGCAGCAGGACAGUCUGAACCUUCUGAAGAUAAUGAGGUAACCAAUGAGGCAGAUCUGCCAGAUGCUACUGCUGUUGAGCAGGUGCUAACCAAAGUUAUUGAGGAAUUCAAAGUGGAGGAGGGGAGGGUGGACACAGUAGGCGAGAACACGGUUGAGGAGGAAGACGAGAGUGUCUCCAAAGAGCCAGAUGAGGGGAAAUCCAUUGCACCUUUGAGAGACGAGGAUGGGGAAUCAGACGGGAAAGAACCCAUUGGUUUGAAGGAGGCCAGAACCACCGAGGAAAAGACAUUGGACUCGGAUAUCCCAGAGAAGAAGAGCGAUAAUGAAAAGGAUGCUGCUCUAAGUGCGUCGUCUUUUUGA